AUGGCGGCUGGAAAGGGCAUCGUAAGAGGUGUCCAAGGUUUUUUCAAAAAACCAGCCGUAAAAAAAGUUGUAGACACCCUCUUUCCGGAUCCCAUGUCGAGAUUGAAAUACCAGGAAAUUUUGUGGGACUUCAGCGAUAAGGAGUCUCUCGAGAAGUGGACACUGAUUACAGAUGAACAGUUUGGUGGCAAAUCAACAGCUGAAUUUGUACAAAGCCCUGGGGGAAAAGCAGUGUUUCGUGGAAAUCUAUCGACAGAAUUACCUCAAGCUACAAGUGUCAAGUACAGUGGUAUGUGUGCUAUCAGGGCGCAGCCGCACAGGGUUAGUUACAGGCCACAUAGACUUAACCCCUCUAACUCCCUUGAGUGACUAAGACAGAAUCUCUCCUCACAAUAUCAAAACAAUAUCAAGCAGACGAGUGAUGAGAUUGAGGAAUUAUAAAUUCAGAGAUAAUAAGUAAAUCGAAUAUCAAAUUAUCAGAAAAACAUCAUAGGAAUUGUAUGGUACACAGUAAGGAGAAAUACUUAUUAGAUAUUGGGAUUUAAAGGGUUAAAGAUAACAGCCACGAUGUAAACCUGUACUAAUUUCGAAAAAAUAAUGAAGAACUUUUAAUCCUUCAAUAUCAUAAAAUCAUUUGAAAUUUGAGUGAUUCAAGAUUUUCAUGUAAUACAGACCCUGAAAUAUAAUAUAUUAUCAUAUUGGCAGAUAACAACUUGCCUUAUAUUGUGAAGAAAAUUUUUUUAACUGCAUUUUUUUUUCUCUUGAUGAUCCUGACAUUUGAUUCAGCAGUGAUACAGUACUUAACCCUUUCACUCCCAAGAUCUGAUUCUCCCCUCUAGCUGCUUCACAUUUCCUCUUAAAUAAGUAACAAGAAUUUGGUGUUAAAUCAGGAAAACAACCUCUACUUGACAAGUUUAAGUAUUCUCGUUACCUCUUUGCUAGAUGAUGAAUGGAUUUUAUUGGGAGAAGUUACAUGUCCAUCACUUCUGGGAGUUAAAGGAUUAAGGAGAAUUUAGUUACAAGUCACUGUUAGGGAUUAAAAGUUUAAGCAGGACCUUAUAAUUAGCAAAUUAGUGUUUUUUUCUUUCAAAUCUUGGAUCUAAUUGUUUGGAAAGACAAAAAAUAUAUAUGUGCAAACACUCCUAACUGGGAAUUAUUUGGUUACUCUCCAGGAUUGGAAAGGUGAUGUUACUGCAAAUGAUGUAACAGAUUAUGAUGGCAUUGUAAUGAGAGUGCGAGGUGAUGGUAGAACAUAUGCACUGAACGUUCAAACGCAGAGUAUCAGAGAUGAUGAUAUUCAUCAAUCUUUCUUUCAUACAAGAGGAGGACCACUUUGGGAGACAGUAAAGGUACAAUUUUGAGAAAACAUACACAACUUUUACAGCAAACAGUAGGACUCUAAGGAAUAACAAUUGUGUUGUUAAGGGGGGUUAAGUUUCUAAAGAAACUGUGGAGCUGCGUCAAUGGGGGGUAUUAGAAGAUAAUUUGGAUCUAUCAACUGACGCAGGGCAAAAGCUCAAAAGAUCAGCUUAAGGAAAUCUUUAUGGCGGCCAACUUGCAUUUUCUGUUCAGUUAGUAACACUAGAUACGUUAGCCUAGUUAGUGUUUCCAACCCUUAAACUCAAAAGAUCAAACUUUUGAUUUUACCCAUGAGCUGCUACCAUCUCCAUAAAAUUAUUUGGAGAAUGUGGUAUCAUGUCAAGAAAACAAUCCCUAGCUGAUACUGAAGUUAUCUACUCUCAUUUCCUAUUGAAUGGAUUGCAUAAAUUGGUACUUUUAGGAAGGUUUGCAUAUGUACAUGUAUAUUCAAGUUUAAGAAUGCACAUAGGAUGUAUGUUGUAGUUUAAGAUGAUUCCUGGGUAAAUUACUAAAUACCAGAGGGAAGUGAAGAGCAACCAAAGUAAACUUGGAACUGCUAGUGAGAAUUUGUAUCUGAAAGGUUGCACAGGUUGCUCAAGCUCCAGCUGUGAGAUUAUCAUCUUUCGUAAUAAGCAUUAUGGCAUAAAUGUAAGAGUUUUCAUGGCGAUAUUUAAUAUUAACAUUUACCAUCUUCCCCAAAACCCAAUCCCUUCCCCCCCACCUCUUCAUGCACAAGCCACUGAAUGAGACCUUUGUUAAUUCAGGGCUCAUAAAACUAAGGCAAUACAGUUACAACAUUAGACAAUGAGCAUCAUGAUAUGAUCAUUCACUGUACUACAUUUUCUGAUGCAGUGAAUACAUUUCUUAUCAGGUGCCAUUCACAAAGUUUGUCCUGACCAAUGCAGGUUACUUGCAGGAUCAACAGAUGGCAUUUCCAAGGAUACGCACAUUAGGCUUCACGUUAGCAGACUGGAACACAGGACCAUUUCAUUUAGAAAUUGACUACAUUAAGCUGGUUAUGUUUAUGUACCAACCAAAGCAUUUCAAGUACCACUGGCAAAGCAAAGUUUAGAUUUGUUACGAUCCAGCCCCCUUAAUGAAAUUUUCCAUGUUUUCCAUGACUGCUAAAUGUUUCAGUGGGAAAAUGCAAGUUUGAAUUUGUUUGUAUUGGCCUCUGUUUCUGAAUUUGGGCUUGUAUUCAAGGACUAACGGUACAUAUCUGAUGUAUUUUCAUGUACAAAAUAAUUUUCAAAUUGUAAUCCAAACUUUACCCAUUGCAAGUUACACGUUAAAAAGCUAAACAACACAUGGACUUUUUCUUCGGAGCACUGUCCUUCAAUUUAGUAAACAGGUAAAUGCCUCUGACGAAAAUUUCAAAUGCAGAUGAUUACAAGAAUCAUAUUUAAUGCAAAGGCUAAAGUUUGGACACUUGGGUGUCAG